CUAAAAAAAAUUGUGGUACAUUAAUUUCAUUCCUUUUGUUAAAUCAUUUGGUUUUAGAAGAUUUGAUAGUGAUGUUUCUAGUUGGAAGAAUAGUGAAGUGAGCAUAAGUUUUCUGUUUGGAAAACUUUGUUUCAACAACUGAUACAGCCAAUUCAGGUACCGGGCAAAAUAACAGUUAAAUACAAUGCAGAAUUUUGGACUGCCUGGGGCAACAGUUUUUUAUGCAAUCCGAUGUCAACAGAAAAGAAUAUAUAACAUUAUAUACGGUUAUUAAAAUUGUUCUUUAUUUUCUAGCUGAAAUCAUAUCAACACGCUGGAGGUCAAUACGCGAUAGGUUUAUGCGUGACCUCAAUCAUGAACGAACGGCGCCAAGUGGUUCGGGUACUUCUCGGAGGAAACCUUACCAAUAUGCACCACAUCUUCAAUUUCUUCAACGUUGUUUUCAGCAGCGCAUGACUCAUUCAAGCACACUCCCUCCUGAAGCAGAACCUGUUGAACAUGAGGACUCAACCGAACAAUUGUCUGGACGAUCUACCGAUCAAACUUCAUUACCAUCUCAGUCACAGGAUUCUGCUCUGGAGUCGCGCGGCCGGCAAACUGAGACAUGUGCUCAGAUUGAAGAUACUCGACAGUUCAUUUCUUCUGCCUUUGACAGAGUUUUAAGUAGGCCGAGGCCACUUCGAAGACCACAUAGAGUCUUUGAGGAUCUUGCACUGAUCUUCCGAGAUUGUUUAUUAAAAAUAGAGGAGGAGCAAACUCGGUAUAAGCAAGAGUUAACUUCCAUGAUCAAUCAUGUCGAGGUAGUUUGUCGUCCAGAACCCCUUAACCAUAAUCAGCAGUUUCUCUUAACGUUAAGUCAUUGGAUGGACAACAUGACUCCAGAGCAGAAUUGUGAUUGUCGAGUGACAUUGAUCAAAACUGUUUGGAAUAUUAAACACGCACCAUCCUCUAAUUUUGUUCCUCUGGCUCAGUCGUAUCCACCAGCCACCUCCUACCCAACAUCCAUGACUUCUCCACCUGCUCACUCAUACUCUGAGCCACAUAUCGCUCCCCAGUCACAAAACUUUCAACAGUCACAAAACUUUCAACAGUCACAAAACUUUCAACAGUCACAAAACUUUCAACAGUCACAAAACUUAGCCCUAUCCCAAAACUUUAGCCACUCCCAAAACUUUCCCCCAUCCAAAACUUUACCUACAUACCACAACUUCCCACAGGCCCAAAACGUAGGCACUGCACAAAACUUUCCAACUUUACAGAACUUUCCAUCAACAUCCCACAUCUUUAUUCCAUCCCAAAGCCAUCCACCGUCCCAAAGACAACCUACGUCCCACCAAUACCCAACGGCUCACACAUUUCCACCUUCUCAAAGCGAUAGCACAUCCGUCAGAUAUCAACCUGCAUCAACCUUUCAAGAGACUUUAAGCCAAUCUCAAUCACAGCUACCUUCCUAUGUCUCUGCACAAACACCUUUCCAAUCCAACAACACUGGAAGUUCCCAAACACGUCUACAGACACCAAGUCCAGAUGUGAUUUCUAUGUCAACUCAAAAUAAAAUCUCCAUAAACGAAGGUGUUUCCACCUCCGUUUUUCCCACUCCAACCACUUUUACUACCCCUUUCUCAAACAAAUCUGUUCCAUACCAAUCUGAUACUGAUUCAUAUUCCCUUCAUACCCCACAACAUCAACAACAGGGUGAAUAUGUCAGACCACAACUUUCGUUCAUGCAAUCACUUCUAGACCAAAGUGCAGAAGAUGCUGGGUCCCCAACUGCAGCCCCAGGAAAGGCUCCAUUCACUCAACCACCACCCUAG